AUGCUUCCAUAUGCACACCUCCCGCUAGCAGCCAACUCGAAUUGUUUCGCAUCCCGACUGCUGCAUCUGUUACCCGGUGCUUUCGCCGACAGCAUUGAAGUCGAGCUGGAGUCUGUUUCUAUUUGGGGAAAUGGAUCCAACUCGCCCAAAUAUGAGGCGCUGUCCUACGUCUGGGGACCAUUGCUACCAGAUGAACCGAGAAUCUGUGUCAAGAACAACGGCGAUCCGGCGAAUGCGCCACCGCGAUAUUUGACUGUCCGCGAAAAUCUGCGAUCCGCGCUGCAGCACUUGCGGAGCGAAUCGGCAGUCCGUACUCUGUGGAUUGAUGCGAUAUGUAUUAAUCAACAAGAUGAAUGCGAAAAGAGCCAUCAGGUAGCGCACAUGGGAUCCAUUUAUGAGCUCGCUGAGCGCGUGGUGAUCUGGUUCGGGCCAGCAGUUGGUGGAACCGAUGCAUGUAUUGCCCUUUUGAGUAAACUCGCAAAAAUGGCCCGAUACAACUUUCGCAAGGAUCUUUUAUCCUGGACUACUGGAGACUCGCCGCCAAAGGACCUGGCUUUCACAGAGAAGGAUUUAGAGAGUCUCGUCCUUGGCGUGUCUAAUACAUGGUUUGACCGUGUCUGGACGCUACAGGAACUCGGUCUCGCCAAUCCAGAUACUGCCGUCAUUCAAUGGGGCGCGCAAUCCGUGCCGUUUGUUCACCUGCAGACGGCCAUCAUUGUCUACCAAAGCUGUUUCGUUGAUAAUGACUCUUAUUCGGCAAUUUUGCGGCGGAAUUGGUCGGCUCGGCGGGGCAACAUCCUCAUCUUCCUGAUGGCCAAGUUUUAUCUUGCUUUGGACUUUGGGUCAGCCAUGGAAACCAUCCGCUAUCGUGACUGUCAUGACCCGCGGGAUCGCAUCUACGCGGCACUUAGGAUUUGCCGACCAAACUUGGACGUGGUCCCAAACUACCGACCCUCGUUCACCGCAGCGGUUCUUUACGAGGAGGUGUGCAUACGCCAACUGCAAGAUGGCGUAGACUUGAUUGGAUCGUGCGAAUGGCCAAAUGGCAUGAGCGGCUUGCCGUCCUGGGUACCAAAUUGGCACGCGAGACGAGUCGGGCAUGCCAAUUUAAUGGGACAUAGUUCAGGUCUGCUGCGCAAUCGGUACCGGCAAGAUUGUCCUGGUGAACUAAUUUGCUGGGGUCGCAAAUUCGCCGACAUUACCGACGUAAUUGAUCUAGGCUUGUCUCUAGCAUCAAGUGACAAAGAUGUCUGCGUGGCAGUUCAGAAACUGCUGAGGUGGAUAGCCAAAGAUUUCGUCCUGGACUUGAAUGCCUUGACCGAAGUUGCAUUCGCCCUGUUUCCGGAAGGGAUCUUGGAAACCACCUGGCCACUUGAUGUAGACCCUGCUAAUGGCCUCGUGCCUAUCGCGGAAGCUCUUCACUUCUUACGCAGCUUACAACCCAGUGACCGAGAACAAGGUGGAGACGAUAUGAAGGAGCAAUCUGCCCUUCAAAUUAGCCCGCUGGUUGCCAGGUGCAUUCGCGAGAGAUGCACGGGCCGGUGCUUCAUCAAGACUUCGCCUGGUAGUGUUGGAUCAGUGAUCAACUCAGCGCAAGCAGGUGACCAGCUUUUUGCACUGCCUGGUUGCCGAUAUUCGAUCAUACUUCGACAUUUCUCUGGGACGAAAUUUCGCGUCAUUGGCUCGGGGCUCGUGGCUUCGAACAUGGCGGGCGAAGCACUCCUGGGUCCGAUUUGGGGGCUGAGAGAAGUGCGGCUCACGCUGGAGGGCGGCUAUGGAUACGUUGGCAUACUGGGCGGCGGACCUUUUCGAUCCGACCCGCGCAUCGAGAGACUCUAUUCGGCCACUGAGGCUGGAGCUCAUGUGCGUGCGGGAGACAGCGUGGUCAUCUCCGAAAUGUACCAAGCCGUCACCAUUGACGUGCUACAGAACAACGGUGUAGCAUUAGAAGAAAUUAAGCUACUUUAA